AUGGUGUCUCACUCUAUUGCCCUGCCGAUGAUCUGCUUCACCACGCUGUGGGCGCUGGUGGGGGUCGUGGCUCCGUUUCUAGUGCCCAAAGGACCCAACCGGGGUGUGAUCGUCACCAGUCUGAUCCUCACAGCCGUCUGCUGCUACCUGUUCUGGUUGAUAGCGAUUCUGGCCCAGGCCAACCCUCUGUUCGGCCCGCAGCUGAAGAAUGAAACUAUAUGGUACCUGCGCUACUUCUGGGAGUAA